AUGGGUGAACAGAAUCCCUUCGAAGACGAUCCCGACAUAUUCGCGGAUCUGGUCGCAUUCGACGGAUUCCCAACCCUCAACCACGGAGAUUCGCUAGAUUCGCUGGUUGACGCUGCCGGUGCCUCGCCUGAAGAUCGUUCGUCCAACCCAUUCUCGACCACGCCUCCAGUCGACCAGGGAAGAAAUCAGCCUGCGGCGGUUACUGAAGCCCCGACCUUGGCCAUCAAUGACUCUGAGUCUACCCCGGCCCCAGAGAGUAUUCAAGGUGACGAUGGUGGCCAACCGGCGCGCGGCAAGAAACGGCGCCGUAGCCGUAAUUCGCCUGAGCCAGAUUACUCCCAGAUGAUCUUGGAGUUGAACAAGAAGCGCAAGCGAACUGGCCAGGCCUGUGAUCGAUGCCGGGUUCGCCGUUACAAGUGCGACCCGAGCCCCAACGGCUGUCUCAACUGUUGCAUGACUGGAGUAUCCUGCAAAGUGACAGACUGUGUAACUGGAGAAACAUAUGUCCGAGGUGCUGCCGGUCGAAUGGCCGCUGAAAUUGAGGCGCUGAAGGCCCGUGUUGCCGGUCUGGAGCGGGAAAACGAACAGCUUCGGCGUGAGGCUAAGCCGCAAUAUGGACUUCAAGACAGGACUUCUCCAGCGACUUCUGGGUACUCGUUAGUUGCCUUUGUAAGCUUGCAGCAGCAUACACACAUGCAGCAUCAGCAGAUCGUUGCCCUGCAGCAAGAGAACUUGCGGAUCCGCCAAUGUGAUCGGAUGCUACGCGAAGAAAGACAGAAGCUGCAGAAGCGUAUCGAGGAGCAGGAGGAGAUGCUACGCAUCACAGAGGAUGUCCCGCUGUUCAAUAAGAAGGGAAACUGGGAUCUCUAG